AUGUUAAACACGUCAACCUCCAGGUCUAGGCAUGCCAUCCGAGCAGUCGUUGCAGCUCUGGCCAUAGCCGGAAUAAUUGUUCCGGUCGAGGGAGCCACUUUGACGCCCAGAGACGCGCGAGACUGUCUUGUUGAAGCGGUCGACGGUCAAACUUCGCAGUUCCAGGAAACCGUCGUCCGCCCAUACAACCUCAACCUUCCGUACGAGCCCUUCGCGGUUACGUACCCAAAAUCUACGAACCAGACCGCAGCUAUAGUCCAGUGCGCUGCUUCAUCCGGCCGCAAAGUUCAAGCCAGGAGUGGUGGCCACGAUUACACAAACAAAGCCCUCGGCGGCGCCAAUGGAGCCAUCGUGGUCGACGUGAUGUAUCUCUCGAAUGUCCAGCUGCAUGCCGCCAAUGGGAGAUACAUGCCCCACGGAUCUUCUCCUACAGUCGGCAUCGGGGGACACGCUACAGUCGGUGGCCUUGGGCUGCACUCUCGCCUCGAAGCGAACAUCCAGACCUUUUCUGGGCCAUCCGCGGAGCCGGCGCCAGCUUCGGGAUCCGUCACCCGGUUCACAUUCCAAACCAACCCGGAACCCAAAGAAGUUCUCAACUUCGGCUUCACCGUGGAGUCCACAGAUCCGGCGUCUCUGUCCGCAUCAUUUAAAGCCUAUCAUCAAAUCACCAAUGACAUCAAUCUCGACCGUCGAUUCUCUGCCGCUGUGGUCAUUAAUCUAGAGGCGCGCAUCCCCGGUAUCACCAAGCGUACGGUCGUGGCGGGACUGAAUUGGAUGGAGCACAUGAAUCGCACUUUCGACAGCAUUUCCUCCAUACUUCCUGCCCAGUCCUACUUUGCCGCGCUGGGUACAUGCAUUACCCGCUCGACCCUCCCCAGCAAUACGAGCAUCGACAAUAUGUUCCAGCACAUCCUGACCGCUGAUGCCGGGUCUAAUCGGUGGUUUGUCCUGAUCGACCUGUACGGGGGCGCGGUCGGCGACGUUGCCUUUGAUGCAACCUCUCUGCCCCAUCGCGAAAUGUCAUACUUCUUCACUCCAUACGCAAUCACCGAGUCAACCACCAACCAGACAACGCGCGCGUUCAUCGAAAAAGCGGUGCUCGAGAUGCAGGGCAACGAGCCUGGAAAGUACCUGUCGUACGCCGGCUACACCAGCUUACCAAACGGCUUUGUGCCACAGGAGAAGUACUGGGGCCCGAAUCUCGCGCGGUUGCAGCAGAUCAAGGCUUCUGUUGACCCGAAUGAUGUAUUCUCAACGCCGUAUGGCGUCAAAGCCGGCCAACUGCGCUUGAUAUGA